CAAUAAUUCAACUUUCAAACAGGGUGGAAUGGGAGCUGCAUUGAUUACUCAACCUGAAAAUGUGAAAGAAAUCUUAACUACCCUUGUGAAUGGGUUGUCAAUUCCUGUUACAUGUAAAAUAAGAAUCUUACCAGAGAUCGACAAAACAUUAGAAUUAGUUCGUAUCAUUGAAUCAACGGGUGUUGCUGCGCUCGCCGUGCAUGGGAGGUAUAAACAUGAAAGGCCGAGGCAUCCCGUGCAUUGUGAUGUCAUAAAGGCUAUCACCGAAACUGUGAAAAUUCCAGUCAUUGCGAAUGGUGGAUCAAGUAACAUCGCAUGUUACGAUGAUAUCGAAAAGUUUCGCGCAUCAACAAACGCAUCAUCUGUGAUGCUCGCAAGAAGUGCUCAGUGGAAUUGCUCCGUGUUCCGAAAGGAGGGUCCUCUUCCAUUGGAUGUUGUCAUCAAAGAUUACAUCAAAAUAGCAAUUCAGUAUGACAACCAUUACAUCAACUGUAAGUUCUGCAUACUUGAGAUGAUGCAUGAAACUCAGGAAACUGAAGCUGGAAAACAAGUUCGAUCCUCACUAUCUCUGCAUGAAAUAUGUAAUGCAUGGGGUAUGAGUGAUUAUUACAUGAAGAUGAGACAUCCUACAACCAAAGCAACCAACACACAACCUCAACUGAACGGACAACCAAACAAACGAAUCAAAUUAGAUGAUGAUGUCAUAUCUAUGGAUAUUCAAUGUAAACGAUGUGAUUACGAUUUAACAAAUCAAAGUCCGAAGUCAAUUUUAUUGGAGUGGGCAAGAAGUAAAGGAAUCAAAGAACCAGUUUACACUACAUCUUGUCGUGAAUCGGAUAGGAGAUUUUGCUCAAUUGUUAAAGUGGAUGGGAGGAAGUACACAAAUACAUUUUGGGAAAGAAACAAGCGAUUAGCUGAACCAAGGUUGUGCCAUUGUUUGUUUGAGGUCGCUUGGUUUAAAUGAUGGAAGAAAAGAGAAUAUUCUAAACCACAACAACAGUUGAUGCAAAUCACAAAGCAAUUGAUUUUUACUGAUUUUAAUUUUUUUAAUAUUUAGGUUAAAUAGGAAAUGAAAUAAAUUGUUCAAGUAUUUGCA